AUGCCUUCCAUACUUUCCCGAACACCGAGCGAAACAUCCUUACCCUCUUCAGCCCGUUCCAGAGGGUCGAGUGACUCCGAUCAUCCAGCUCUAGCAGGUACUCCUCCACUUAGAAGAAUGACAAGAUCGUCUUCCCCUCCACUCAAAGAAACUCGUAGGACAAGUAUCUUUUCUCGUUUAAGACGUUCAAUACCCUCUGCCCCGUCACAGGAAGACGAUGAUUGGCCACCCAUGGAGAAGAAACAGGAUCCAUUACCAUCCCCCUCUGAGGAUUCUGAAGAGGAGUAUGAAGAGGUCUUAAGAAUGGGAUGUGAUUAUGAUUUCGAUACUGAGGAAUUUGAUGAUGAGAUGGAUUGGGAAAGAAUAAAAACUUUGCCUAGAGUCAGGUUGAUACCUCCCGCUGAAGAUCAAGAAGAACCGAUAUUUCUUUAUCCUAACUUUCCCAAAACAGUAUUCACAGAUACCGACACUGGCAGUCCUACGACCCCUCUCCCUAUCAAAUCCAACUCUGUUCCAACAUUCAUAUCCCCCUUCUCUGAUAUCGGACCGCAACAUCAACUUCCCUCCCCUCCUCGACCCUCUUCCAUACGUAGAACAUCCAUCGCCUCGGGGAGUAAAAACAUGUGGGGAGGUAUGUCUGGCGGAUUUACUCAACCCGCUCCUGUCUUUCGUCGUGCGACUCAGCGACCAGGUAGCGUCGUAAUGCCUCGGAAGAAAGAAGCAUCAGCGGGGGAUCACCGAAAUAAAGAUUCAAGUCCUUUUUCUCCACCUCCUGCACCUGGGAUGGAAAGAAGGGCCACUGAACCUCCUCUACAAGAUACGAGUAUCAUGAGAGCUGUUUUGAGACAUCGUUUCCCUAGCGAUCCUGGUCCAAUGGAACAAUACGAUCGAAAUGAUAAUACAGUCGAAGCUGGACCUUCAAAUAUUCCUACUUCUCUCGAAUUUGAUCCCAGUACUUUGCCCCUCACACCUCCUCAACCCCCAUUGAAGGACAAAGACCAGGAGCAGAGUAUAUCGACGCAAAUCGGAGGAGAUGAAACUCAACAGGUCUCAGGACCUUCAGUCAUGUUCCGUUCUCCAUCACCUCGUAAUCUUCCUCCUUCACCUAAAGACACUAGACCAAGAAGAAAUAAAUCUGAUAGACGUAAAAGUCGAGUAUCACCGAUGGAUUGUCCUAUUCCUACUAGACCUCCACCUACUCCUCCUCAUUCGACACGAUCUACGACAUAUCCUAAAACCCCAGCACCGCUACUUUUGGAGAAGGAGAAAUCUCAAUUGAAGAAACAAAAAUCUUUCAAGAACUUCUUCUUUUCUGAUUCAACUCUUAACGAGGAUAAACGUCGAAAAUCGACAGAUUCAGAGAAUGUCUCAACACCAUUGAGCGGAAAGGAUGACAAAGAGAAAGAGAAGAAGAACAAGGAAAAGGAAAAGGAGGCAGAGAAGGACAAGAUAGAAGGGGGAACCACAACUGGAAUGGGACUCAAGAAACGGUUUUCAUUAAGUAACAUGAGUCAAGCGUUCAAGAAGCGUUCUGUCCCUCCUCCAAUUAUUCCCAAUGUUCCCGACCUACCUGAAAUUUACAAAUCAAAAACCAAGUCGGGGAAGCAGAAAAUGUCCUCUGUACCUCUUCCCGACGUUUCUGCCCCCGUCCUUAUCGAUCGUUCUUUCUCAGCACCUAUUUCCGUUGAAAAGUCCCAACAGAAACGACAUAUACUAUCCUCAAACUUGAUAGAUACCAAACCUGUUCAAAGUCCAUUCCAAACCCCAACUCAAGAAGACGAUGACACAUCGGAUAAUUCAUCAUUGUCAUCAGUAUCACUUGAAGAUAUUGAUGAUGAUCCUUCAUCUCAACAACCUCGACAGGCUCGCAGAGCGACAAUGAUUCGUGCUGUUUCUCGUAGCUCUACAAUUGGAUUUGAUCUACAGGAAAUGAUGGGAGUUGGAAGUAGUAAUUCAGAGGAAAUCAUACCCAUUGGACCAUUAUUACAACAACCAUUAUUUUCCGAUCCUGAAUGUACCUUCGAAAAUCAAGCCUUAUCAGAUGAUCAAUUAGAAAUGAUACUUUCUCAGGAUAUUCAAAGAAGAUCACAUCUUUCACAUUUCUCACAUAUCCCAGAUUUUGAUACCUUACCAACUCUCCCGAUCCAUGUGACUCUUCCCGAUAUGAUUUCAACUUUACCUUUUGGAUCCUUGGAGGAGAAAUCAGAACAUCAUUGUGUGAUGACACAUGAAGGAGAAGGAACAGAUUCUGAUCAUUGGAAUUCUUUGGAUUCCGCUAGAUCUUCUUCAGAAGGAGGUUCUUCCCUUCCACUCACUCCGAUUGGGAAUAUGUCAGAAACUAUACCUGUACCAUCACCUUCAUUGGAUUUGACAUUGUCAGUCCCUUCAAGUCCUUCUGAAGAACCUGUCAUGGUGGAAAUACCUCCUUCUCCUCCACAGACCACAAUUUCGCCAAAGAGUAGGACUUCAACACCUUGUUCAGUGUUUUCUUCACCUGAAGCUUUGUUCAAACUCAUCUCAUCUCCUAGAUCUACUCGCUCUUCCGGUUCAACGGCGACAAUACAGCGUAGUUCACCUUUGAAUAAAAUGACAGAUGAGGAGAUAAAUAUACUUGAUAUUCCUAAAAUAUCGGCGAUGGAAGAGGGGUCAAAACAUGGUACACAGGAAUACUCUAGUUUGGCAAUGGGAGUCAAGCUGAGAAGUUUACAUUUCGAUUCAUUAGGUUUAGAUUUUGAGAAUGAUCAACCUCCCGUUCCGUGUUAA